UCAACAGGAGUCACCCUGUGUUCGUUAACAGACGCUUAACAGCACGAUCUCAACAAUACAAAUAAAAACAAUUUAAUAUUCCUUAAUCGAACACAAAUUUGAGCCGAUUGCACGGUGCGUUUGAAAAAUAACAAUACCGCGGAAUGGCCGACAGAGGCCAACUGAAGGUGCCGGUGCAGAGAAUCAAGUAAGGAGCAGCGUAAACUGCGCAGCUCACACCCAAAAAAAAAUCGCUAUAAAGGCGAGGGCUGGCCAAAAUGGAAGCAAAAAACAAAAACAAACGAGCUGCGCCACAAUGCAAGUGAAACUUCGAUGAAAACUUGCCAAUCCGUGUGCUUUUCAAGACUUUUCUGACUGUCUGCAAUUUCCAUUUUUGUGGCAUCGCGACUUAGAGAUGAGACAUCGGUGCCGCGUAACUUUUUUAUACCCUUUCCGCGGUAUCAACUCCACCCGUUCGGUCACGGAAUUUGAACAUUUGGCUCUGAAAUAUGCCUUAAUGGCUUAGAUUUUCAUUAUGGAAACUUUUCUUUCAACGGCCAUAUCGAAUUCGUUAUAAAUCCUGCUUACUUCAGUCAUUCAACUGCCUAAAAUUGCAAAAAAAAACACAGAGAUUGGCGUGCUGAUUUAAAUGGAAAACUUUGAAAACAACAAUCUGUUGAUAAGGUAACCAGCGAAAUGCGGGACAACUAGCCUCCGUAGCCUGAAAGAGGCCAUUGAAAAGUCUAAUUAGGAGGAGCUGGUGAUCCUCAAGAUCCGAGGCACCAGAUCCAAAAUCCGAACUUGAAGAUCAAAUAGUCAUGAACAUGAUGGACAACCGGGCGUUGGCCUACGUGGCCCACCAGCCCAAGUAUGAGACACCGCCGGAAGAAGCGGAGCCGCCCUGCAUGCGCUUUUCGGUUAACCUGUGGAAAAACGAGAUGCUGAACUGGGUGGACCUAAUCUGCCUGUUGCCCAAUGGAUUCCUGCUGGAGCUCAGGGUCAAUCCGGCCAACACCAUCCAGGUAAUCAAGGUGGAGAUGGUCAACCAGGCCAAACAGAUGCCACUGGGCUAUGUGAUCAAAGAGGCCUGCGAGUACCAGGUGUACGGCAUCUCGACCUUCAACAUCGAACCUUACACCGACGAAACGAAGCGACUCAGUGAGGUCCAGCCGUACUUCGGCAUCCUCAGCCUCGGCGAGCGCACCGACACAACGAGCUUUAGCAGCGACUACGAGCUGACCAAGAUGGUUAACGGAAUGAUCGGCACCACCUUCGAUCAUAAUCGAACGCACGGCUCGCCCGAGAUUGACGACUUCCGGCUGUAUAUGACCCAAACUUGCGACAACAUCGAACUGGAGCGCUCCGCCUACACCUGGCAGCAGAGACUGCUCUACGAGCAUCCUCUGCGACUGGCGAACUCGACUAAAAUGCCCGAGCUGAUACGGGAGCGGCAUCCGACCAGAACCUUUCUCAUCGUCGUAAAGAACGAGAACGACCAGAGCACGUUUACGUUGUCGGUGAACGAGCAGGACACUCCCUUCUCGCUCACGGAAAGCACGCUGCAGAAGAUGAAUCGGUCGCAGAUGAAAAUGAACGACCGGACCUCCGACUACAUACUCAAAGUGAGCGGUCGCGACGAGUACCUGCUUGGCGACUAUCCCCUGAUUCAGUUCCUGUACAUCCAAGAGAUGCUCUCGGACUCGGCGGUUCCAAAUGUGGUGUUGCAAUCAGUUUACCGCCUAGAGUCCUACAUCAACCACCACAACGAGCAGGCCAUGGUAACCAAACGACCGCUGCCGAAGAAACGGACAGUCCACCUCCACAAGUCGAUCUCCUCGCUGUGGGACAUGGGCAACUACUUUCAGUUGACGCUGCACAGCAUUUCCAAUGUGAACUUUGACAAGACGCGUGCCCUCAAGGUGGGCGUGCAUGUGUGCCUAUAUCACGGCGACAAGAAGUUAUGCGCCCAGCGAUCAACGGACUCCCCUAACGGCAACUUUGACACGUUCCUGUUUAAUGACCUGGUGAUGGACUUUGACAUACAGAUGCGCAACCUACCGCGGAUGACACGCCUCUGCAUUGUGAUCUUCGAGGUGACCAAGAUGUCGCGCUCGAAGAAAUCGUCCAACAAUAAGGACAUCGCUCUGAAAGACGUCCCGUACAACAAAAACCCGCUGGCCUGGGUCAACACAACAAUUUUCGACCACAAGGACAUCCUGCGCACCGGUCGCCAUACGCUGUACACGUGGACGUAUGCUGACGACAUUCAGUCGGUUGAGGUUUUCCAUCCGCUGGGCACCAUCGAACCCAAUCCGCGCAAAGAGGAAUGUGCGCUGGUGGACCUCACAUUCCUCAGCAGCGGAACCGGAACGGUGCGGUAUCCCAGCGAGGAGGUCGUGUUGCAGUACGCUGCGGAUCGAGAGCAGGUCAAUCGACUGCAACGGCAACUGGCAGGGCCAGAAAAGCCGAUCAAAGAACUGAAGGAGCUUAUGGCCAAUUAUACAGGACUGGAUAAGAUCUAUGAGAUGGUUGACCAGGACCGCAAUGCCAUUUGGGAACGCAGAAACGACAUUUUGCGUGAGCUUCCGGAAGAGCUGUCCAUCUUACUUCACUGCGUCUAUUGGAAGGAGCGUGAUGACGUAGCGGAUAUGUGGUAUCUUCUCAAACAGUGGCCGCUUAUUUCUAUAGAACGCUCCUUGGAGCUACUGGACUACGCCUAUCCAGAUCCGGCAGUGAGACGCUUUGCCAUCCGGUGCUUACACUUUCUGAAAGACGAAGACUUGCUCCUGUAUCUGCUGCAAUUGGUACAGGCCAUCAAGCACGAAUCGUACCUGGAAAGCGAUCUGGUAGUGUUUCUGCUGGAGCGGGCACUGCGCAACCAACGCAUCGGCCACUACUUCUUCUGGCACCUACGCUCUGAGAUGCAGACGCCGUCUAUGCAAACACGCUUUGGCCUACUGCUGGAGGUAUACCUCAAGGGUUGCAAACAUCACGUGGCGCCGCUGCGGAAGCAGCUUCAUGUGCUAGAGAAGCUGAAACAGGGAUCUCUGAUUGCCAAGAAGGGCAGCAAGGAAAAGGUGAAGACCAUGCUGCAGGACUUUCUGCGGGACCAGCGCAACUCGGCUGUCUUUCAGAACAUCCAAAAUCCACUUAAUCCCAGCUUCCGGUGCAGUGGUGUAACUCCCGAUAGGUGCAAGGUAAUGGAUAGCAAGAUGCGACCGCUAUGGGUGGUAUUCGAGAAUGCUGACGUCAACGCCAGCGAUGUGCACAUCAUUUUCAAAAACGGUGACGAUCUCCGCCAGGACAUGCUCACGUUGCAGAUGUUGCGUGUGAUGGACCAGCUGUGGAAACGCGAUGGUAUGGACUUCCGCAUGAACAUCUACAACUGCAUCAGCAUGGAGAAGAGCCUGGGCAUGAUCGAGGUGGUGCGCCACGCAGAAACCAUUGCCAACAUACAAAAGGAAAAGGGCAUGUUCUCCGCCACGUCGCCGUUCAAGAAGGGCUCGCUUCUCAGUUGGCUCAAAGAGCACAACAAGCCCGCCGACAAACUGAACAAAGCCAUCAACGAGUUCACGCUCAGCUGUGCAGGCUACUGCGUGGCCACCUAUGUGCUUGGCGUAGCUGAUCGACACUCGGACAAUAUAAUGGUCAAGCGAAAUGGACAGCUUUUUCACAUCGAUUUUGGCCACAUCCUGGGCCACUUCAAGGAAAAGCUUGGAGUACGUCGAGAACGAGUGCCCUUUGUCUUGACCCACGACUUUGUCUACGUAAUCAACAAGGGCUUCAAUGACCGCGAGUCUAAAGAGUUUUGUCAUUUUCAGGAAUUGUGCGAGCGCGCCUUUCUAGUUUUACGCAAACACGGCUGCCUUAUUCUAUCGCUGUUCUCAAUGAUGAUUUCAACGGGACUGCCAGAACUGUCCUCCGAAAAGGAUUUGGACUACCUACGGGAAACUUUAGUGCUGGACUACACGGAGGAAAAAGCACGCGAACAUUUCCGAGCGAAAUUCAGCGAAGCUUUGGCCAACUCCUGGAAGACUUCCCUUAACUGGGCCUCGCACAACUUCUCCAAAAACAACAAACAGUAAACAACAGACAACUACAUCUACAUCAACAAGCUGACAACAACAACACGAUUGCUUCGAAGUCAGCGACAUCUCACAAUCAAGCAAACCCACUCACCAAGUCUAAGUUUCUGCCUGCCCUUCCGAGCCUCUGCAACAGGCGUAGUACAAUUUUGUAUCCAAUUCAUAAAGUUCAAAACUAUGUGUUCACUAUGUUAGGCCGAGAACUACCCAAUCGACAACCCCUCGAUCCAUAGCUGAUAGUGUCGCUCCCACAAGUGCUCCAAUAUAUACACCUUACUCUUAAUUUGUACAUUUCACGUUCACCCAUUCUUGUAACUGUAAUCAUUUAUCGCCCCGCCCCCUCUUAUACAGUGAUUUUUGAUCCUAAAAAUUGUUUUGUUGUCUAUUAUUCAUUUGUUGUUUGAACACCCCCCCGCACAUGCACAUUGGCGCAUGAACGUGCAAAAAUUGUAUCCUAUUAUGCUAUAUUAAUUUAAGAGACAUUAACUCUAUAAGUUAAAAUUAACGAUUUUCUAUCCCUACAUUACGAUUAAUUGUGUACUAUAAUUUGUGUGUGCUUUUGUACCAGCAACCAAUCAACAUUAUCGUGUUUCCCGGUUUCAUUUUAUAAUGUUCUCUAAUAAUUGUAACGUAUUUUGUAAAUCGCUGGAUAAAUACAAUAAAACGAAAGAAAUCAAAUAUAGAAACGAACGAAUGUAUACAAUUAAAGCGAAACCAGAAAAAUAUAGAUAUAUUAUGUGCUUCUACGUUUACGAUAGACCGCAUUCGUCUCAAU